AUGGCAGUCCCAGAAUCAAAUUCACAUCCUGUGCCAGACAACGCGCUUUUAACAGAUGCCAUCAUAUACACGCGUAUCACGAACGACGAACGACCGCUUCGGCGGGUGGUCAAGAAGUUUCACAACUAUGCCUCCUUAGUACAUCAUCCCCUCGUGUCACCUAGUUCUUCUGGAACAGUCGAGGAUGCACGGGAAGCGUGCUUAAUCGAGCUAUCGUCCUUUGAACUAGCUCUUAAAAAGAGUAUGAUGGUAUGCGAAGCUGAGCGGAGGCAAGUGGAGGAAUAUCAACGGGAGCGGGAGAAGAUUGAGAAGGAACAUGAUGCUCUACGUAGUCAAAUUGAGGAGCUGAAAGUCGCACUGGAAUAUGCACACACGGAACGCAAACGAAAGGUCGAGUACGACACAAUUGCCGAGAAGAUCAACACUCUUCCAAGUCGCGAGGAACUUGAGCAGGCAAUACGGUCGCUUGAAAAUGACAUGGCUGCUAUUAAUGCGGAACACGAAACUCAGGACCGAAUCAUAAGGGGCCAGAAAACUGCUUUAGACAGUAUCAUCAUGGACUUGAGCUCUCUUCGCCUUAUGGGCAAAGACAAAGAAUCUGCCACAUCAAGUUUAGGGACACCGGCUGCUACGCCAGCUCCAGACGGCACAGAAGCCGAUGACAAUCUGCCUAACAUGCGUGAUAGCUCACAAAUAGUGGAUGGAGGAUUGGAUGAAGAUGAGAAGGAAACGGGCGAGGUGGCUGAAGAGAAGGAAGACGGGGAGGAUGACCAGUCCAUUGGCACACCACUCUCAUUGAAACUCAAUCCCGCUGCCAAUGAAUUCGCACCCAGUUCGCAUACACCCUCGUCACUACGACCUCCAGAAGAAGAUGACGAUAUAGAGAUGGGAGAGGUUGCAGAGGAUCCAAAAGUGAAGGCGAAAAAAGCCCGAGAAGAAUUGGAGGAAGGAGAAGCAAGCGAUGCCAGCAGCGCGUUGUCUGACCCACCGGAUGAUUGA